UCUCUCCCUCUCUCCUUCAUUACUUUUUGGGGGAGUGAAUGAGAAUUAGAUUGGUUGUUUUCAGAAAAAGGAGCUGUAUCGAUGCACAGAUCAGUAGCAUCCCUGUCGGAGUGGCUGUCACAUGAAUUCUUUGGAGACUUCUGAAGAAAAAGACAGAAACUGAAACGAUCAGAUCCAAAGAGUUUUUAAAAGCUGAUGCUGGUUCACUGUGAGAUAAUUCUUAUAAGAAUGACUGAAUUAAUCAGCCCUAUUAUCACGGCAUCUGCAAGAGACCUGAUUGGGGUGAUUAAGAGCAUCUAUCAGCACUGGAUUAAACAGUAGAUCUGAAAAGGUCUCAGAAAAAAAGACCCACCAAAGUUAAUCAUCCUGGGAUAGUGGCAGACACACUCUGCACUGAAGCAAACCUUUCUUCUGUGUGAGCCAGGCUGAAAAAACUCCCACGAAUAUCCUUCCAAACACCUGUAAUGAUUAUCGUAUGGGAAUUCGAGAAAUUGACAGAUGACAUAGUUCUGAACAAAAUGGGAGAUAUCCAACUACCAUGAUGUCCUGGAAGGCUUUACUACAAAAUAAACAAGAGGAGAAAAUGUUAACAAUUCAUGUGUGCUUGCACACUACAAUUCUGUACUUGUUGUAGACAAAUCUAAGGCAAAUAUACAAGCAUUUUUUGAAAAGUUCCCAAAUCAUAUGUAGAGGCUAACAAUUGUGGCAAAAUGUUGUUUUGUACUCUGUCUUUCUGAGCCAUUGACCUUGUAGGAGGUACAGCUGUUACUUAUGAAUUUAGAUUUUGAAUGAUCAUUAGACAAAGACAAUUUCUCUAGAAAUAAUCAUGAUUGCUAAUUAUACAUGUAACAAGACUGACGGAGACAAUACAGAUUUUCGGUACUUCAUUUAUGCAGUAACAUACACUGUCAUUCUUGUGCCAGGGCUCAUAGGGAACAUAUUAGCCUUGUGGGUAUUUUAUGGCUAUAUGAAAGAAACCAAAAGGGCUGUGGUAUUUAUGAUAAAUUUAGCUAUUGCUGACUUAUUGCAAAUUCUUUCUCUGCCACUGAGAAUCUUUUACUACUUGAACCAUGACUGGCCAUUUGGUCCUGGCCUCUGCAUGUUUUGCUUCUAUCUGAAAUAUGUUAACAUGUAUGCAAGCAUCUACUUCUUGGUCUGCAUCAGUGUACGAAGAUUUUGGUUUCUCAUGUACCCCUUUCGUUUCAAUGACGGCAAACAGAAAUAUGACUUGUAUAUCAGCAUUGUUGGCUGGUUGAUCAUCUGCCUUGCCUGCCUACUUUUUCCUCUCCUCAGAACCAAUGAUGAUACUCCAGGCAACAGAACCAAAUGCUUUGUGGAUCUUCCAACCAGGAAUGUCAAUUUGGCCCAAUCUGUUGCCAUGAUAACCAUUGGAGAAUUGGUUGGGUUUGUUACUCCUCUCACAAUUGUCCUGUACUGUACGUGGAAAACAGCUUUAUCAUUACAAAACAAAUACCCCAUUUCUCAACAUCUUGGAGAGAAAAAGAAAGCCUUGAAGAUGAUUCUGACUUGUGCAGGAGUAUUUCUAAUUUGCUUUGCACCUUAUCACUUCAGCUUUCCUUUAGAUUUCCUGGUUAAAUCCAAUGAAAUUAAGAGCUGCGUAGCCAGAAGAGUGAUUCUAAUAUUUCAUUCUGUGGCCCUGUGUCUGGCAAGUCUGAAUUCCUGCCUUGACCCAAUUAUAUAUUAUUUCACCACUAAUGAGUUCAGAAGACGUCUUUCAAGACAAGAUUUGCCUGAUAAUGUCCAACUCCAGACAAAAUCAUAUAAAAUUGUGAGUAACCAUACCGCUUCUACAAUGGCAACUGGACUAUGCUAAAUAAAACCCAAAACUAAACAUGGCCUAGAAUGAAAGAACCAGAACACAGUUGCAAUAUCCCAUCAACAAGGCAGUACUCACAGAAAAAAGUCCCAACUUUUAAGAGUGUUCUAUAUUACUUACAUAGAGAAUACACAGAACCUAUUGAGAAUAUGUUUCAUCAUUUUUUUUUUGGUGACAUGUCUAUGGAGUAAUGUAUGACCAAGUCCUUAAGACUUAAGUGAUAAAAUUUUGAUGUCACUCUACGCACAUAUGCUCUGAGCUAUAGUCAUCAGCUUUAUCUGUAAACCUAAAUCACAAAGGGAUUACUAGCUCGAGCUGCCCUUAAGUACUGAGUUUUCUAACCUCAGAUGAUGAAUUCAUCAGAGGGAGUACAGAUGCCUAUUUGUAUUAGCAAGCACAGUUUGCAUUCCAACAACAUUUGGUUAUGUAUAAAGUGUGAUGGACAGUACUUUACAUACACAUAACAUUAAAAAAUAGGCUAAUAUUUAUCUCCAAGCUGUGAUUCCAUUCCAUGAUUUGAAAAUUCCUAUGCUUGGUUUCUUUGGUUAGUGCCAGUAUGAAAUAUCAUCUCUCACAUCUAAUCAUUGAAAGAAUUAUGUAAUCAGUCUGUGGUAUAUUUAAUCUAAGAAUAACAAAAUAUUCAUGACACACAAUAAUCCUCCAUGAUUGUAUAAAAUGCUACAUUGAAUAUUCCCAGGGCAGGUAGUUUUCUAGAGACAGCCCAUUAUGACUCAGAUGGCCUCUAGUCUUAAGAGAACGGAAACAGGUGACAAUCACAGUUCUGGCUCUCUUAAACUAGUUCCAAAGAACACCUUUGGAAAUGUAUGAGCCUUCCUAGUAGAGGGAUUUUUUUUUCAUCGUGUUUUGGGAUUAUAUUGAGGAAAUCUAACAGGUUACUGCACUUACUGAGCCUAUGGGAGAAACAGUGCACCAAUUAUUCACUAAGCUGGGGCCAGAGUGAAAAGAUAAAGCAAAGUGAAGUAUAUCUCUUAAAAUCAGCACUAUUAUCUUUCAUCCCCCAAGCUAAGUAGUGUCUGUCAACAUAUCUAUACAAGCCAGUGUAGGGCUUGAAGACUCUGGUCAUAUGGACCUUCAAGUCUGCAUGUUUUUCAGUUAUAAAGCCUACACAGAUUACCUCCCAGAACCUGUUGAAAGCAAUUUUUUCACCUUUUGAGAAAAACAGACCUCAUUCCAGUAGCCUUAGGCACUCCUUACAAAAGCUUUGCCUAUUACCUACUUGGUAGUAUUGAGGAAAAACUGGGGUAUGUAGAUAUAAGUACUGGAAUGGGCUGAAUCAUGAUAUACAUUAUAAAUAAGAUUACUUUUAAAAAUUUUGAAGAAGAGAAUGGAAAGAUAGCACUCUCUUCUUUACAUUAAGAAAAAAAUGUAGAAACCAAGCAAGGAUUAUUUUUUAUUUUUUCAUAUCCAGAAAAAAAUGAUAGUUUUAGGUAUAUAGUUAAUUAUAUGUUUGGGGAAAACUAGUUAAAUCAUCAUGAAUUUUAACUCCUAAUACUACCAGAAAACUAUAGUUUUGUCUGGGGAAGUGUAGAUUAUACUUGUACAUUUUGAUGAAAAUAACAAUGGAUUAGAAAAAUGACUUUGGGCUGCUAGCAACAGUAUAUGUAUGUAUUUCCUAGUUAUUCCUUGUAAUGUAUAUAUGUUUUGGUGUAUUAAAUAAGUGUUAAAUUUUAUUUUCAAAAGAAACUAUAAGUGUCUUUGGUCUGUUUUAAAGUGAUUUCUGUUUGACUGUAAUUUUGUUUUGUAACCAUUUGUGGAACUACAAAGCAACUGUGGGUGCUUGGAAUAAAACUCACUCAUUUCUAUGCUUGCUUUUCUGUAGAAUGGAUUACACUUCUUAAAGUCACUUUGGAAGAUCACUGUUUGAUUUUUUUCUAACAUUGAUUUCACAAUAAUCAUACUAUUUUUUAAUGGAGAGGAAAUAUUUCUAGGAUAUUAUUGAUAAUCUUGCAGUGGUUGAGUGUAUAGCUAAUUUGUUAGGCAGUCCUUAUGCAUCCUUUAGGUAGAAGGCAAGUGUGUAAUGAUCUUAUGUUAUUUAUCUCCUCAGACAUGCUCAUCUAGGUUUGUAUUCAGAAUCUGGUUUUCCUGAUUCUUCAUCUUCCUCAUCAAUAUAUUUGAAUUUUGCCCUAUCCCCUUUCCUUUCUGAUCAACUUAUUCACAAUAAGGUGCUAAUUAUUAGUGUUAACUUCAUAUUAACUUACCAAGAAAUAUAUGAAGUUCAUUCCAUAGGAAUAGGCAUUAACAUGAGUGGUGACAAUCAAUAAAGAUAUUGCAGGCACAGGAAGAUGAGGUGUAAGUAAAAACACUUUAAAGAGAGUCUUAUAGCAACCCUUUCACAUAAUGAAUUGCAAAUGACAGUCUAUUUUGCUUACAUUAUGAGGAUGCUAAAUUCCAAGAAAUAUCUCCAUGAACAUGGACAUAAAUUUUCCAGUUCUUUUUGCUUGAAGUUUAUUCUUCCCCCCUCUCUCUUGUAAUACCAGACUUAGUUUCCAGGGGAAAAAAAUCUAACGUAGGAGAGAAAUAGUAUUUCAGCUACUACUGAGCAAUUGACUCUUUUCUGAUGUCUCACUCUCCUUGGAAAGACUCUUUUUCAGAUCUCUUAUUUAUAGUUUUGAGUUCUAUAUGACUGAAUACAAAGAGAGUCUUGAUUGUGGUAGUUUAUAGUUAAAGAUAAGUCAUCUCAUAUUUCUUUUAUAAAUACUUUAAAUUUUAGUUUCAAAAUUAAGCAAAGUAUUUAAAUAAAAAUUUGAAUACAGAAUGUUUUGCAUGGUAUUAAUAUUAUCUUUAUUUUUAUUGCUUAUAUUAUUUUAAUGAAAUGUUUUAUGUGUUAUAUAUUUUCAUUAUCAUGCAGUAAAACACCAAAUCAUAUUAACUGGUGGUUCAUGAGGUGGAGCUAUUUGCCCUAUGAACACCCAUGCUCUGUAAGGAUUGAUCUGUGGAAAUCCAUACAACUUAAUUUUUAUGCCACCUUUUGGGUUAGCUUUCAAUAUACUGUGAAAUGUUAUAUAUGGUGUUUAUUUACAGCCCUUAUUUAUCAUAUGAAUUUUAAUAAUAAAGAUUGUC